UGAACCGGCUCCCACAUGGGAUCCUGGCAUGUGCAAGGCAAGGAUUUAGCCACUAGGCCAUUGCGCCUGGCCAUUGUAGUCUCUUUUCUUGAUUAUCAAAAAAGUUUGGAAUUGAACUUUGACUAAUACCAAGUUUUCUUUUGUAUUGAAGGCUGUUUUUGAUGCUUGGAAGCUGUCUUCAACUUUAAGGAUGGUAAUGAAUCUUUGCCUUCCACAGUUCAGACCCAGAAUUCACUGCAACAAGAUAUCAGCUGAUGGUUAUGAAGUAGAAAAUCUCAUCUCUGAAGACCCCACAAAGAGAAGUCAUGGCUUUAGGACAGAGUAUUUCAUUAAGCCACCCGUCUACGUGAUCGUGUCCUUUCCCUUUAAUGUGGAAAUCUGCAGGAUUAACAUAGACCUCACAGCCGGAGGAGGUCAGAGUGCCACCGGCUUGGAAGUUUACACGUGUGCCUCGGCCAGCAGAGCAUCUUGGAGCACACCUCGGGGCGAGGCCCUGGACCUGGCAGAUCCACUUGUCCCAGACAGGGAGGCCUUCACUUUGGUGGGCAAAGUCUUGCUGAAGAACCAGAACCAAAUAGUGUUCAGCCACAGGGGCUUCAAGGCCAGACCCCCUUUCAGCCCAGUGCAGGUCACUCUCCCCUCACCUGCUGUUGUGGCCCAGGAGCUUUGGAAUAAGGGGGCUCUGUCCCUGAGCCAGGUGGCCCACCUCAAAGUCUGCAUCACUCACAUGACAGGUGGCGGCGUCCCUUGCAUCAAACGGUUGGAAGUGUGGGGUCAGCCGGCCAAGACCUGUUCCCAGGAGCUGAUAGACAGCAUCCUGCUGGCAGCUUCUGAGAGCCUGCCCCAGGACGUGGCUCCUCAUGCCUCAGCAUUGCCCAUGGAGAGUGACUGUGAGCCCGCAGGCCAGACUCAGGACCAGCAGGCUCCCUCCAGCCUACAGGAGUUGGCAGAAGUGAUCCAGGACGUGCCCGAGGAGUUCCUGGAUCCCAUCACCCUGGAGAUCAUGCCCUGCCCCAUGCUGCUGCCAUCGGGCAAGGUCAUCGACCAGAGCACACUGGAGAAGUGCAACCGCAGUGAAGCUGUGUGGGGCCGGGUGCCCAGUGACCCUUUCACUGGGGUAGCCUUCACGCCCCACUCCCAGCCCCUGCCUCACCCUGCCCUGAAGGCCCGGAUUGACCACUUCCUGCUGCAGCACUCCAUCCCUGGCUGCCACCUGCUGGGCAGGGCACAGACUGCAUCAGCCGUGACCCCUUCUUCCAUUGCUCUGCCCUCUCGCAAGAGGAAGAUGGAACCGACUGAACAGGCACCAGGCUGCAACCUUGGUGUGAAUGCCUCCUGUUUUUCUACCAUGAACCCUCCAGUCUUAGCCACUACCUCAGAGCACACCUCUAAGAAAAUGAAAGCCCGCAGUGAGCUCAGCUUCCCACUCAUGGACUGUUCAACAGAUCCAGUGUCCCAUGAGCAGAAGCUGUCACAAAGCUUGGAAAUCGCCUUGUCAUCCACACUUGGCACCAUGCCCUCCUUCACAGCCCGACUGACCAGGGGACAGCUCCAGCAGCUGGGCACCAGAGGGACCAGCCCUUCGGGGAGGCUGGGCAACAGCUCAGAGCAGUCUGACAGCGUCCUGGGCCCCAAGUGCAUCUCCUGCGACCGAGUGUUUUCUCCCUACUUCAGAAAGGAGCCGCUGUACCAGCUUCCCUGUGGCCACCUCCUGUGCCGGCCCUGCCUGGGCGAGAAGCAGCGCUCCAUGCCCAUGGUGUGCACAGCCUGCCAGCGGCCAUUCGGCAGCCAGGACGUGCUGCGGGUCCACUUCUGAGGGGGUGCCUCAGCCAGGGGCUGCUCGGA